UCGUGGCUCGGGAGAGCGAGCGUAUCGUCGCGUUAGCUCGCUCGUCGAAUCGCUCCGCGCGAAUCUCGAACCUUCGUGCAGAAUAAAAGAAGCCCAGAAAUGGACUGGUUGACCCUGAUCGUGACAGUGCUCUCGGGAGUCCUCGGUGUGCAGUGGCUGCUGUGGAGAAAAUUGCAGAAGUUCAAGCAACUUGGAGUUUUGCAUCCGAAGGCUUGGCCUUUCGUAGGGAAUGCAGCGCCUCUGCUGUUUCUCCGUAGUCACUUCACCGACGUUAUAACGAGCGUGUACAAGCUGAACGAGGAGGCGAAAUACGUGGGAUUCUACGACUUCGGUGAGCCCGUGAUCGUGAUCCGAUCGCCGGAACUCAUGAAAAGUAUAGCCGUCAAGAACUUCGAUCACUUCGCGGAUCACCGUAACUUCCUGGAUCCAGAUUCGAACCCCCUCUUCAGCAAGAAUCUGGUCACUCUUCGUGGCGAUAAGUGGAAAGAAGUCCGAAAUCUUUUGAGUCCGGCGUUCACGAGCAGCAAAAUGAAGGGAAUGUUCAGACUGAUGUGGGCCUGUGGCGAAAACUUGGUCGACCAUCUGCUCGCGGCUCAAAUAUCGAAGUCAAAAGUCAUCGAUUCCAAGGACUCUUUCACGAGGUACACCAACGACGUGAUCGCAGCCUGUGCCUUCGGGAUCAGCGUCGAUUCGAUGAAAAAUCCAAAAAACGAGUUUUACCUCCGGGGUAAAAACGCCUCGAAUUUCGGGGUCUUUCGAGCCGCGAAAUUGCUGCUGUCUCGACUCUCCCCGACGUUGGGAAAGCUCCUUAAAGUAUCCUUGGUUCCCCGGGAAACGGAAUUGUUUUUCGAGAACGUUGUCAGAGAGACGAUCGAGACGAGAGAAAAGCAGGGAAUAACGAGGCCCGAUAUGAUUCAACUGAUGAUGGAAUCCCGAGAGAAAUAUCCGGACUUGACGAUCCAAGACAUGACGGCCCAAGCCUUCACCUUUUUCCUCGCCGGUUACGAGACCACCGCCACUUCCAUGUGUCUGGUCGCUCAUGAACUAGCCUUAAACUCGAGCGUUCAAACUAAACUGCGAAACGAGAUAGACGAUGUUCUGACGGAGACGAACGCUCGCGUGACGUAUGAAGUGAUCAACGAGAUGCGCUAUCUCGAGGCCGUUGUCAACGAGACACUGAGGCUCUACCCGAUCGGUUCCUUCAUCGAUAGACUUUGCGUCAAAACUUUCCAACUUCCACCGGCUCUCCCCGGAGGAAAGCCAGUCGUAAUCGAGCCCGGUCAAAAUAUUUGGUACCCAACAUUCGCUGUGCAUCGCGAUCCCAAAUAUUAUCCGAAUCCGGAGAAAUUUGAUCCCGAAAGAUUCAUGGGCUCUGCUAAAUCGGACAUGGAACCCUUCGCGUACGUACCGUUUGGCCAGGGGCCGAGAAUCUGCAUCGGCAAUAGAUUCGCGUUGCUAGAAAUGAAGGUUCUGAUCUUCCAUCUGCUGGCAAAGUGCUUCCUGAAACCGGGACCAAGGGCGCGAUCUCCCAUCGAGCUUAACAAGAGAGUUUUCAACCUGGUGCCCAAGGAAGGCUUCUGGCUGGAAGUGGAACCGAGACACACUCCUCAAUCGUCGAAUGAAGUGAAUUUCAAGACCUGUCAAUAAAUGUUUCUCUGUAAAUCUCGGCUGUAACUUUUGACGCGAACGAAUGGAAAAUAAAUGCGAUCAAGAAGUU